AUGGCAGGGAGGAAUCAGACUCGAAAUUUUCAGUUUCCAAUAACUCAAUCUGUGGUGAGCAACCAAAUAUAUUCAUUUGGAAGUAAUACAGACACUGAUAUCUUUGAAGAUGAUGCUGAAGUAUAUGAACUUCGACCAAGAGGAAGAGAGAAAGUCAGAAGAAGUACAUCAAGAGAGAGAUUAGAUGAUAUUGUAUUAUUAACAAAAGAUAUACAAGAAGGUGAUACUUUAAAUGCAAUAGCCCUUCAGUACUGUUGUUCGGUAGCAGAUAUCAAGAGGGUUAAUAAUCUCAUCAGCGAUCAAGACUUUUUUGCACUUAGGUCUAUUAAAAUUCCAGUGAAAAGGUUUAGCGUACUGACUGAAACACAUUACUCUCCCAAAGGACGACAGACUUCACGUCCUUCAGCUGUCCAGUGUACUCCAGAACUACAAGAGAUAUCCCCCAACUUGGAUCUUCCAGUUUCAAAUGAGACUGCUGGGAGUUUCUUAAAAGAAGUGGACAAAGACAUAGAACAAAUAGUAAAAUGUACAGACACAAAAAGAGAGAACCUCGAUGAAGUGGUUUCUGCUUUAGCAAAACAAGAGCUGUGUUUUGAACCUGAUAGUAAAAACAUUAGACAUAAGGAUCCCUAUUACGGAGCAGAUUGGGGAAUAGGCUGGUGGACAGCUGUUGUGAUAAUGUUGAUAGUAGGCAUAAUAACUCCAGUAUUUUACUUGCUGUAUUAUGAAGUUUUAGUUAAAGUAGAUGUUAGUCACCAUUCCACAGUGGAUUCCUCCCAUUUGCACUCAGGAGUCACAGCUCCAUCACAGCAGAGAGAAAUAGAGAAUGGAGUAAUUCCAACAAAAGGAACAAAUGUUGGACAACAAGAUGAUUACAAACUUCAAAAACAGAAUUCUCAGUCUCCUUCUAAAACAUGGCAUAUAACAUAGCAUUCAGUUCUGAAUUAUAAUGUUUAUAACUACAAAUGUAUCUGGAAUGCAGAAAAUCAGUUAUAU